AUGGAUGGGAUCGACGAUUUGACAGCACUAAGCGAUACGAUGGUCUACCGUCACGUUCUCACGGUCUUUUCUCCUGUUAUCCCGGCCUCUCUCCGACGGCGGAUCACUAGUUUAUACCCAUCAACGCAUCGACCCGUGAGGUUGGAGGCCAGCGAUAGCGCCAGCGCCAAAGAAAAUACAGCUGGGGAGGCCGGAGGUGACUCGAUGGUCUCAAUGCGACAAUCUUCCGAGCCAGGAGGGCUGGAGUAUGUGGCAUCACUGCCUGAUCUUUCGUCUGGGCCCACCUUUCAGCGCCCCAGUACCGCAAGCAGUGCUAGCAAUGGACUGGAAUCAUGCUUCUCGUCUGUCGCCGAGAAGUCACAAGAACUCAGCGAUAUCUCUAGUAUUCGAAGCAGUAGAUCUAGCGAUGUCUUUAGUCCAGUGGCUCCGAAAUACGAAGCGGAAUCCGGACUGCGAUGGAAUCGGAUAGCGCCUGCACUCAAUCUCCUACAAAAUGCCUGUCAUGAAGCGCAGCAGCGGCAGUGCGACAGUCGCUUGGCUCGGAUGUUGUACGUCGAUGCCCUAGGCUACCUCCUCGAUGGCCUCCCCGACGACAUGAGCAGCCAAGAAACUAUGAUAAUUCGGGAUAACCUUCCUGCUGGAGUCAAGGGAUCCUUGGCUGCGCCUUCCGUGACUGAUCCAUCCGCGGCAGGGCUUCACAGUCUGCUUGCAGAGGAAAAUUCUCUACCCGAGCGAUCUUACCUUCAUCGACUGCUGUCGUCCACUAUCGUCUACUUCUUCAUAAUGCUGCAAUUCCUCAUGCCAUACGUCAAAAUCCUCGUGUGUCAUCUGUACCAAUAUGAGCGAUCCCAUCGGAUUACGGAACGUGCCGUGACAAAGGUUCUGGUUGCGGCUGAUAACUUUGGUAAAAGAGGUAUGGUUAUAGGGGCUGCAGUUCUGAAUUAUAACGAAGGAAGAGUGAGCGCAAAUUUGAUGGACCUUGCAGCCUGGUGGGUGACAAGCAUUGCAGGUGGCAUUUACGAGGGAUUUGCGGAGGGCAUGACUAUCAUGGGAGUCACCCGGUCGCAUGUUGAGCUUGGGAAGGCUUUUGUGCAGGCUUCGCGGGGAUGA